CAGCGGCAGAUCAAGGAGAAUUACCCACUCUUUAACACUUCCUCUCUUCUUCCCUAAUCAUCACUCUAUAAUGCUUCUCUUUCUCUCUCUCUCUCUCUCUCUCUCUCUCUCUCUCUCUCUAAGUUAUAAAAAAAUUUCAUUGACCUGCUUGGCGCCACAUCAUGCCCCUCCUCCCUCUGCCGACACGGUUCAUUCGUCGCGUGACAAAGAAUCUACUUGUUCCUCCAUCCAUCGGCCGGCCUUCACCCUUCCCUCUCAAAUCUAACUCUCAGCCGUCCGAUAAGAUCUCGCUUUUUUUAAUCACUUCCAUUUCUCUCCCUCUCAGUCUGCAAUCCGUCUUCCUAGAUCCACUCUGAUCACCAAACUCUCUCUCUCCCCCUUCUCUCUCUCACUCUCUGAAGAAGAGGGUGUUGGAUCGGAUUGGAUCGAUGGCAGAAGGGCACGCGCAGACAUGGACGACGAGGAGGGGUAGCAACCCGAAGCUCGAGAGCCAGACCAUCGUGGACAUCCCGCCGACGCCCACCGGCGAAGGAAAGUACGGCAGCGCCUCGGUGUUUGGAGCCUCGUCGCAAGACUUGGUGACCGCCUUCUUCAUCGUGUCCUGGUACCUGUCCAACAUCGGCGUGCUCAUCCUCAACAAGUACCUUCUCAGCUUCUAUGGCUACCGCUACCCAAUCUUCCUCACCAUGCUCCACAUGUGCGCCUGCGCCCUCUACAGCCUCCUCGCCAUCCACGGUCUCUCCCUUGUUCCCCUCCAGCUCAUUGUCUCCCGCCGCCAGUUCCUCAAGAUCUUGGCCCUCUCUGCCAUCUUCUGCUUCAGCGUCGUCUGUGGCAACACCUCCCUCCGCUACCUCCCCGUCUCCUUCAACCAGGCCAUUGGCGCAACCACUCCCUUCUUCACUGCCGUCUUCGCCUUCCUCAUCACCUGCAAGCGCGAGACCGCCGGCGUGUACCUUGCUCUGCUUCCCGUGGUUCUGGGCAUUGUGCUCGCCAGCAAUAGUGAACCUCUUUUCCACCUCUUUGGAUUCAUUGUCUGUCUUGGCUCCACCGCAGGCCGUGCCCUCAAAUCGGUGGUCCAGGGGAUCCUGCUCACCUCCGAGGCAGAGCGGCUUAACUCCAUGAACCUGCUCAUGUACAUGGCCCCCAUGGCGGCCGUGCUGCUGCUGCCCGUGAGCCUCGCCGUUGAGGGGAAUGUGGCUGCCGUCACCAUCGAGAAGGUGACGGGGGAGCCGUUCCUCCUCCUGCUCUUGUUGGGCAACAUGACUGUAGCCUAUCUGGUUAACCUGACCAACUUCUUGGUGACCAAGCACACCAGCGCCCUUACGCUUCAGGUGCUGGGCAAUGCCAAGGCCGCCGUGGCUGCUGUGGUUUCUGUUCUCAUCUUCAGGAAUCCGGUGACUGUAAUGGGGAUAACGGGUUUUGCAAUUACCAUAAUGGGGGUUGUGCUUUAUAGCGAAGCCAAGAAGAGAUCUAGGUCUCAGUAUUAGCAGUAAAGAUGCAUCUGGAAGACGAUUGAAAAAAGGUGGUUGAUGAAAUUUUUGUACAGACUAUCGAAAGCCAAUUGAAGCCAUUCUUUUGGAGAUUGUGAUCGGACCAAGGAUAUCCCAGGUCAUGAAGAUAGAUUUUCUUCUCUUCUUUGUUCUUGUCGAAUUAUUAUUUUUGAGUUGUGGUAGUGAUAAUGCAAAUGAACCAAGAUUUUGAUUUUUCCGGCUCAUUUGUGACCGGUACCCGGGUGAGCUAACCUAAUGGUUGGUUCCUUUUUCUUUUUCUUGUUUUCCCAUUUAAGUGAUCUAACCUUACUCUUUUGUGGGUGGGGGAUCAAUUAAUGCUUUCCUUCUUUAAUUUGUAAUCAUCCAUUGCCUUUGGAAAUUAUAUAUUCUAUUGCUUUUUCUUUGCA